GCCUUUUUCGCAGAGCUCUAUCAAUGAAUCAAUGUAAACGAUGAGGAAACCUCAUUUCAUGAAGAAUCCAGUGUUAUUCCUAUUUCUUCUCAUCACUGCUUCUUCACUAACAAUUCUCGUCUUCUCCUUCCUUCGAUUACCCGAAUCACCUCCGGUCGCCGGUGACUACCUCUCUCUCCGCAAACUUAGAUACGAUCUCUCCGAUGAACUUGGAUUCUUCGGGAAGAUGAUGAUCGAGAUGCUACCUGAAGAUCUGGUUUUCACUGCCUUCGUACCGUCCGACGAAGCAUUUAGCCGAGAUCUGGGGCUGAAACUUAACAAUAGCCGGCGAAUAGAAGACGACGGCGACAACACAUACGCCGUCGUAUCGAGGAUCAUGAGUUUCGCUGUGGUUCCGUACAAAGUGGAGGAAGGAGACAUAGGGAAAGACGAAACGGCGUCGUACGAGUCGUUGAGUGGUUUCACACUGAAGAUUUGGAAGAAGAGAAAUGGUGGUGGAUUGGUCGUUAAUGGCGUCGAGACUGUGAAGAUGGGGUUAAAGAGAGGGAAGAUAGUCGUUCACGCCAUGGAUGGUGUGAUAAUGGACUAUGAUUUCGCACAGUCCGUUGAUUCUUCUUCUCCACAAGACGAAGACGAGCCAUAGAGAAGAAGAAGAAGAAGACAUAAUUAAUUUUGUACAAUUUGUUGUAAAUUAGGAAAGGAAACACAAAAUUCUUAUAGGUCUGAAAAACCAACUUAUAUAGCCGGGAAAAAGGCUCAAAGUGACAAUAUACAGAGACAUUUCAAUCUUGU